AUGGCUUCGGAAAACGAGAUCGCCACUCUAGCGGUGCGCUCCAACAAGGAAGAUCCAGCAUUGCAACCCUCCGAGCAACCAGGCAAUUUGGGGAAUAAACACGAUGCGUACUAUUCGGGGCAAGAGUCGUCAACCCGCAAUCCGAUUGGAUCGCGAUUGGGCUCACUGCUCAGAGCGUUCGAGCAGCAGCUGGUCGAGUACAAUCUGGAGGCGCGUGGCAUUGAACGGGUUGCCGAGGACGAGCGCAUGAAGCGCCUGUCGUGGGUGUCGUACCUGCAGGCCUUUUUGCUGUGGGUGUCAAUCAAUCUCGCUGCCAACAAUAUUACGCUGGGUAUGCUCGGCCCUGCCGUGUAUGCGCUUAGCUUCCGGGACUCGGCGCUGUGUGCUGUCUUUGGUGCCUUUGGUGGUGCGCUGGUGGCCUCGUGGAUGGCUACCUGGGGUCCUAUUUCGGGGAUUCGGACCAUGGCAUUCGGACGGUAUUCCAUGGGGUGGUGGCCCAGCAAGAUCGUAGUCCUACUAAAUCUUAUCCAAAUGAUUGGAUAUUGUCUGAUUGAUUGCGUCGUGGGAGGUCAGAUCUUGUCAGCCGUGUCCCCUGGGGGAAUGUCCGUAGCUGUGGGCAUUGUCAUCAUCGCGAUCAUCAGUUGGGUGGUAGCUACGUUCGGCAUCCAGGUCUUCCACUACUAUGAACGAUUUGCAUUCCUGCCCCAGUUGAUUGUGGUCUGUAUUCUCUUUGGGGUAUCGUCCUCGAAGUUCGACUUGACCACACCCUCUCAGGGUGAUUCACGGACGGUAGCCGGUAACAGGCUGUCGUUCUUCUCUCUUUGUCUGAGUGCAGCAAUCACCUAUGCGCCUCUGGCCGCCGACUUCUUCGUCUAUUACCCCGAGCACACUUCGCGAGUGACUAUUUUCUCCCUCACUCUCACUGGCCUCCUGUUCUCCUUCACCAUGGCUUUCCUUUCCGGAAUUGGCCUCGCCUCUGGGAUCACCGCUUACCCGGAGUAUUCGGCAGCGUACACGCGCGGCCAAGGCGCCUUGAUCGUCGAGGGAUUCGGACCACUUCACGGCUUCGGCAAAUUCUGCUCCGUCGUAGUAGCGCUGGGAUUGAUCGCCAAUACCAUUGCGCCCACCUACUCAUCCGGCGUCGACUUCCAGAUCCUGGGCCGCUACGCGGAAAAAGUGCCCCGCGUGAUCUGGAAUACCGUCGGAGUGAUUAUCUACACCGUCUGCGCCUUGGUCGGCCGCAGCAAUCUCUCCGAAAUCUUCACCAAUUUCCUCGCCCUAAUGGGCUACUGGGUUGCUAUCUGGUUUGCCAUCAUACUGGAAGAGUGGCUUAUCUUCCGCUUUCGAAGUGGAUACAACUGGAGCGCGUGGCGUGACCCCUCCAAGCUUCCUGUCGGCAUUGCGGGCUUCAUCGCUUUUGUCGUUGGCUGGGUUGGGGCUGUCCUCUGUAUGGCCCAGGUAUGGUAUAUCGGGCCCAUCGCGAAGCUGGUGGGCGAUUAUGGCGCCGAUAUGGGCAAUUAUGUCGGGUUCUCCUGGGCCGCGGUGACUUACCCGCCCUUGCGAUAUCUGGAGCUUCGCUUUUUGGGCCGCUAG